AUGUUCUAUGGGGCCAUGGUGUGGGACCCGUGGCUGAUCGUGUCGCAGAUCGUGUGCCUGCAGUGCCUCUACUACCUGUCGCUGGGCGUCGCCAUGGCGCUCCUCGUCGGCACCCGCGUCCCGCGACUCACCCUCCUCUACCUCUUCGACUUCGCCACGCUCACCCCGCGCACCCCCACGGGUUGGUGCGCCAUCGCAUCAUUCCUCCUCGCCGCCGUCGCAGGAGCUGGGUUCAUGCUUUAUGUGAUUGAGAGAGCCAAGAAGUGCCUGGACUUUGCAGCAACACUCUACAUAAUCCAUCUCUUCAUUUGCAUUGUUUAUGGUGGAUGGCCAGCUUCAAUUACGUGGUGGGUUGUUAAUAUCACUGGUUUGGCAAUCAUGGCUCUCCUGGGUGAAUACCUAUGUAUUCGGCGGGAGUUGAAAGAAAUUCCAAUAUCACGGCUUCGUGCAAGACCUGGUUUUCUUGUUUGGAUUAACUUCGUGUUCAAUUACUGGCUGCAGUAUAAUGAUAUUCCUGCUAUGGCAUUUAAGAUGUUGCUUCUUUCUUUCUCAUUUUAUGACAAACGCAGUAAUCUUCAUCAAACCAUAGACGUGCUGAAGCUUAAGUUUAACUGA